AUGGGUCAACAGACAUCAUCAGUUUGGAAAUAUAUGCAAAAAGUUGAAGACUUAUACAUCUAUGAACCAACAAGUCUCACCGAUCUACUCGUCAUACUACAACAUUUCCAUCAGCUUCAGACACUCACUAUCGACUCAAAGAAUCAAUUAGAAAAUUUUGCUGUAACAUCACCGACACAAUCAAUUGUUUUAAAUAUCAAAGAUUUAUGGGCGAAACGUGAUGAAUUACAACGACAAAUUUUAAUUGAAGAAGAAAAUAAGCAUAAAUUUGAAAAUGCAAUACGUUUAUCAAGUGAAAAAUUACCUAAAAUCAAUGAAAAUUUAGCAAAAAACAAUUACGCUAAGAACAGAAUUUGA